CGUGUUUUGUGAGCGGGCAGGUCGGACUAACGUUAUACCUGAGGUAUAAACGGCGGUAGAAAUAUAUACGUAAGCCGUAUGCACGCGGAUGAUAAUGGUCAGUCAAAAUAAAAAUUUGUUUAUAUAUAUAUAUAUAUAUAUAAUAUUGAUGACAAGCACGCGUGUACGGGUACGAUAACCAAAAAUAAAUUUAUACAGGAAUAGUAUUGCCGGCGUGUAAUGAGCGAGGCGUAGGGUGGGGUGAAUGCGUUAUGACAGUCUAGUCUAGACGACGGAAUAUGCGAUAACGCGUGGCGUUUGGAGAGUUACAUACAUACAUACAUACAUACAGUGCUAUUUCGAACUUAUAUAUUGUAACGUUGUUUUAUUUCAAAAAUAUUACGAACUUCUUCAUACAAAAACAUGGCAUUAUAUCCUUCAAAUGUGCAACUUUUAUGCAUUGUAUUAAUGUCGGCUAUUGGAUGUUUAACUCAAACAAAACCUAUAUUAAUUCCUUUGCCCAUACCUUCUUCGACUCCUUUACCUAUUUUCAAUCCUUAUAAUCCAAAUUUUCCUCCGCCAUUCGCACCUUUACCAAAUCCAAACUCUCGUCCUUUUGUACCAAUAAUACAUCAAACUUUUGAUAUAACUCCAGAAGGAUCAUAUUCAUUUGGCUAUCAGUCAGCUGAUGGUAAUCAAAGACAAGAAUCUGGAACUCUUAAAUAUCCAACAAUUCCAGGAUUUCAGCCAGUAAUAUCAGUCAAAGGGUCGUAUUCUUCAUUAUCUCCCGGAGGCACUAUUGUUGAAGUUAAAUACAUAGCUGAUGAAAACGGAUUUCAACCUUUUGGGCUCGGAAUUCAUCCAUCGAUUAUUCGAGCAGUUGCCCAACAAGUGGAACAAGCAAAACGAGAAAAAUCACAGAUAGUAUCUUUUUAAAUCCGUGGCUUUUUCUUUAUACUAUUUUUAAUAAUAUGUACAAAAUAAUAAAUAACUAAAAUAAAAUUUCUACUCUACAUUAAACACUGGUAUUCAUACUGAGGAUUUUAAUUUACUUAAACGAUCGUUAAAGGUCAUUGAUAUUUUUAGUGAAGGACUCCUCUUAAUUUACAUUGUGGAUGUUCUGCCAUUUUAGAAAUAUUAAUAUCAAUAAAAUGUUAAACUUACAUUUUAACGUCAAAUAAACAUUAUAUUAACUUAUAACUUUUAAAAUACUAUUAAGGUUAUGUUCUUUGACAUAAAAUAAAAUUUCAAUGGCACUAAUGUAUCUUUUCAUCGUGUAAUACGAUUCGUGUUUAGUUUUAGUUAUUAUAGAGGUGGACAUAAUGUCCAUGCACUCAGACCUGUUAGUCCAAUGUGCGCACCUCAAUUAUCUUGAUUCGGUUUACCCACCUAAGUGUUAUCACCAAAGUUUUAUUGCAAUAUACUUAUCAUUGUAUAAGACCAUCAAUUCACCCUUAUGGAUGACCAAAGAGUCUUGUCUUUCCAGCGAAAUUCAGUAUCUCUCUGGGUCUUAGAUUUUUAAUAUCUUCUUUUUCAGGAAAAAGUUUACUCAUGUAUUUUGAUCUUAGUGUGGACAAGGCCACACAUUCACACAUAAUGUGAAAUGAGUCUUCGUCUUCUACUCCACACUUCUUGCACAAUGGUGAUUCCGAUACCCCUAGCGUAAUUUGCUGACUCUUUGCUAGUAGACGGUUCAUCAAGUGUCCCGUUGUUCGCAUUGAGACCUUCAAGUUCGCGAUUCUUCUGCAAGGAGUCGCCAGUUUACGCUCUUGUUCCGAGAGGUUGUCCGUAGGAUCCCUGUUCAUCCCAAGUUCGUUAUUUUAUGGUUUUUCUAUGUUUUUGUCCAUAUAGUUCCCACAAGUAUUCAAGAAAUAAAGGUCCAUCACAGCAGAGCUUGAUACUGUGAUAAGGCUGUAUACUUUAUGGUGCGCCAAGUGCCAUAGAGGAUCCCAAUGGUCACUUUACCUUUCGGCUAACUACCCUGUGAUAAGUUAGCAACCCUUUCACUUGGUGUGGCUGGGUUAGGGGGAGCUAUUCACUGUUAGCAAGCAGGUAUGCCCAGGCCUACCGGUCCCAACUAAUCAAGUCAUGAACGGCUAAGAGCAGUGGUACGUGUCGUCAUCCCCACUGAAUUAUCUAGGGUCCGCAGG